AACAUUAUUUUAACAUAUUACUUUACAAGAUUAGAUAUGAAAGAUUUGCCAGUUCAGAAAUUGUUUGAGCUUUGGGUUAAAGGUCUUUCGACUUGGACUAGACAUAUUAUGAGAAUGACAAAUG